UGUAAUAUUAGAGCUUCAAACAUGAACACCACAAAUAAUGGUGACCGAUUGAAAGCUGCAGCUCAAACAGGUGAUAUAGAUCUCCUCUACUCAGUAAUUCAAGAUGAUCCAUCCAUUUUGGAGAAUAUAGAUGUAAUAUCAUUUGUUGAAACUCCUUUACAUAUUGCUGCAUCUUUGGGUCAUAUGCCGUUUGCCAAUGAAAUUAUGAAUUUAAAACCUUCAUUUGCAUGGAAGCUAAACCCGCAAGGAUUCAGUCCCAUCCAUCUCGCUAUGCAAAACGGCCAAAAGAGUAUGGUGUUUCAUUUUCUGCACAACAAUAAAGACCUUGUUAGAAUUAAAGGAAGAGAAGGUAUAACUCCUCUUCAUUUUGCAAGUCAAAUUGGUGAGGUUAAUCAUUUAGAAUACUUUCUCUUCUUGUGUCCGGAAUCUAUUGAAUACUUAACUGUGAGGCACGAGACUGCACUGCAUAUUGCUGUUAAGAAUGGACAGUUUGAGGCUCUUCAAGUACUUGUUAUCUGGCUCAGAACAAACACAAAGAGAAGGGCUCAAAUGCUGGAAAAUAGAAUAUUAAACCAGUGGGAUGAGGCACGCAACACGAUUUUGCAUAUUUCAGCACUACGUAGUGACCCGCAGGUAAUGGUGUUCUACUUACAAAGUCAUCUACUUCUAAAUGAUAAUCAUAUUUCCUAUUACUUUUUGGUGUUCUACUUCUAAGUCAUCUUUUUUGUUAGAAAUAAGAUAGGUUUGCAUGAAUGAUCUCUAAUAAUUGUAUUGUUCUUCAAUUUCUUCGUAGCACAGGCACUUCUAUUAUUGUUACGUACUGGUCGUAUAGAUUUAUGUUCAAAGAAUCUGGAGAACAAAACCGCAUUAGACAUAGCAAGCACUCCAGAUGUGAAGAGUAUAUUAUUAAGUUUUGGAGCAAAACCUAGCAUAGAAAUCACUGAUGCUCCCACAAUUUCACAUAUAAGAUAUAAUCCAUUAAUUUCUAUAAUUCGCAUUAGAAGAAAUAUAACCGAGGAGCAACGUAACAGUUGGUUGAUAGUUGCGACUCUUGUUGCAACUGCGAUUUAUCAAUCAGGAUUGAGUCCCCCUAGUGGAAUUUAUCAGGUUAGUGCUAGUGAUGGCAAUGGUGUGAACAUCACUUCCUCCAAUUCUACUAUUUCUACUCCAGGAAAUGCUGGGAAAUCUGUUUUGUCAGGAUAUGAAUUCUUUUUGUUUUUAUUUAUAAACAUGUAUUCCUUUUCUGUAUCAAUUUUAGCGAUAUUUUUUAUGAUACCAUAUGGAAAAAUAGGGUUUCUAGUAGCCUCUCCAAUGAGAUGGCUUACCGUUAGCUAUUUAUUUUCUAUGUGGAGGAUAUCCCCUACACAUGUCAAUUCCAUUAUUUUAUUCAUCCUUUUUAGUUCAUUUAUGUUAGCCAUGGUGAUUGACGUCAUUGUUGGAGUGUACAUAAGGCUUAAACACAGAAUUGCUAAGAUAUUUAAUAUGAUAGUUAAGCUUUGUUGAAAUAGGAGAAACAUCAAUAAAGCUUGUGGUCAUAUAGAUGAUGGUACGAUGACUACGGAGACUGCAACUGAAACAACUGCUGGCCGAAUUCACAACCAAUAAUAUCGACCUUAACGUUGAUUUGUAAUUUUCAUUG